UCGAGCGCGACAGACAGAACCCAACGAUCGCGGAUAAACAGUCUCGCAGGAGAAGGAAGACGGACGUGCGGUUGUAUCGCUAUUCGGGGCUUUUAUAUUGCAUCAAAACGCGUUUACGGUUCACAGAUAAAAUGUUUUAGAUCUCCCCCGCGUGAGUACCUGUCAAUCUGCGUUAAAACGCGCCUGAGACGUUUUAACUCGUUAACUGAUGGACUGACAGACGGAUUCUCCUCAGACGACGCAAUCUAUUCAAUUCACAUUUUACCUCAUUCUCUCAAGUCAAAGCCUGUGUUUUCCCUCAGGAGGACUUCGAGUGGACAAUUAAGACAUGCAGAGCUGUGAACAGUGUUGACCGGCGGCAUCUGGACAAACAUGGAGCCUUGUGCCGAGUCUCAGGGAGAUCCUGAGAGAGCUCAGCAUCAUGCAGAGAGCAGAGAAAACCCUGUCACCACAGCUGCCUUAAUGCCUGGUGAUGAUGCUGCACUUCUGACCCCAGGAAGGAUGAGCCAGCGUGGCAAGGAGGCGGGGCUGCACACGCCCAGUAAAGACCUGCUCACAAGCCCCUCCCUCAGCCCCGGCGUCAGCUACAGCCACGGUUUUGAUCGUGGCAAAGACGAAAUCCUGCCUCUGAAAGAAGACUCCUCACACUCCAUAUCCAAGAGCAAGUCAGAAACCAAGCUCUAUAAUGGCUCAGAUAAAGACGUAUCGGUGUCUGGAAACAAACUUACUAAGAAGGAGUCACUCAAGGUGCAAAAGAAGAACUACAGAGAAGAGAAGAAACGCGCCACUAAAGAGUUGCUCAGCACCAUCACUGAUCCGUCUGUCAUCGUCAUGGCCGACUGGCUCAAGAUCCGUGGCACGCUGAAGAGCUGGACCAAGCUGUGGUGUGUGCUGAAGCCAGGCGUCCUGCUCAUCUAUAAGACCAAUAAGAAUGGCCAGUGGGUCGGGACCGUCCUGCUCAACGCCUGUGAGCUCAUCGAGAGACCCUCCAAGAAGGACGGCUUCUGCUUCAAGCUCUUCCACCCGCUCGAACAGUCCAUCUGGGCCGUCAAGGGUCCUAAAGGAGAAGCCGUGGGCUCCAUCACUCAGCCGUUACCCAGCAGCCACCUGAUCUUCAGAGCUGCUUCAGAAUCAGAUGGCCGCUGUUGGAUGGACGCUCUUGAAUUGGCUCUGAAAUGCUCGAGUUUGCUGAAGCGAACGAUGAUCCGAGAGGGCAAAGAGGAGACGACGCAGACCGCAGAGCACUCGCACAUCAACUUCUACAGUCUGCUGAGGGCACACAACAUGCAGGGCUUUCAGUUUAACGACAGCGACCAGUUUAAGGAUCCGGACCUGUACUCGGAUAAAUCGGACCGUGAGAAUGAGCAGGAGCAGGAGGAGUGGGAGAACGAGGUGAUGGAGAAAAGUGAAGAGAGCGACAGCGACACGUCAGAGCGACAGGAAGACUCGUACAUCGACCUCGAUCCCAACGAGACGCUGCGGGAAACGUCGUACAUCGAGCAGAGCCACGAGGAGCUGGGAGAGGUGCAAUCUCUGAUCUGGACUCUACUGAAGCAGGUUCGGCCCGGCAUGGACCUGUCCAAAGUCGUGCUGCCCACCUUCAUCCUGGAGCCACGAUCCUUCCUGGACAAACUGUCCGAUUACUACUAUCACGCUGACUUCCUGUCCGCAGCGGCGGUGGAGGAAAACGCUUAUAACCGUAUGAAGAAAGUGGUCAAAUGGUACAUUUCUGGAUUCUACAAGAAGCCAAAGGGUUUGAAGAAACCAUACAACCCCAUUAUUGGAGAAACAUUUCGCUGUUUAUGGAUCCACAGCAAGACCAACAGCAAAACCUUCUACAUCGCAGAACAGGUAUCCCAUCAUCCUCCGGUUUCAGCCUUUUACGUCAGCAACAGGAAGGAUGGCUUUUGUCUCAGCGGCAGCAUCCUGGCCAAGUCCAAGUUUUACGGAAACUCUCUGUCAGCCAUCUUGGACGGUGAAGCCAGGCUGUCGUUUCUGAACAGAGGAGAGGAUUAUGUGAUGAACAUGCCCUAUGCCCACUGCAAAGGGAUCCUCUACGGGACUAUGACUCUGGAGUUGGGCGGUCAGGUGUCCAUCGCCUGUGAGAAGACGGGCUACAGCGCUCAACUGGAGUUCAGACUCAAGCCGUUCCUCGGCAGCAGUGAUAGCGUGAAUCAGAUCAGCGGGAAGAUCAAGCUCGGGAAGGAGGUGCUGGCGACACUUGAGGGGCAUUGGGACAGUGAAGUCUUCAUCAAUGAUAAGAAGACGGGUGAGAUGGAGACGUUCUGGAACCCGACGCCGGAGCUGAGGCAGAGCCGUCUGAUCCGCUGCACCGUCCCUCCUGAAGAACAGAGCGAGUUUGAGUCUGAGAGGCUGUGGCAACAUGUGACACGGGCCAUCAAUAACAAGGACCAGACGGAGGCGACCAAUGAGAAGUUCAUCCUGGAGGAGGUUCAGAGGAAAGCGGCACGCGAGCGCAAGGCCAAAUGUGAGGAGUGGACGCCCGCUCUGUUCGAGCAGGACCCGGCCACCGGAGAGUGGCAUUACCGCUACGCAGACACUCGUCCGUGGGAUCCGCUCAACGAUCUGAUUCAGUUCGAGAAAGACGGCUUUAUUCAGACCAAAGUGCGCCACAGGACGCCUAUGGUACGUUCAGCCAGUGUAGUUAGUCUCAGUACCCAGCAGGGCUCCCGGAGGGACAAUUACCUGAGCCAGGUGACGGGACCAAAGCGGAAACAUAAGAGUGACAAACCUAAAAGUCCGGAAAGUGGCUGCUCGUCUCCAGAGCCGGACCACCAGGACUCUUCAGGCAGCGAGAGGCACAAGAGCAAACACAACAGCCGCCUCAGGAAGAAAGGAACAGAUCUGAGUGAAAUCCAAAGUGCCAUUGAGUCGAUCAGAAAAACCCAGGAAGACAUUAACAGGAGCGUCAACGCUUUGAGGAGUCGAGUGGCGAGUCAGUCGGCAACAGAAAGUUCGUUCCUCACGCAUAGAGAUGUGGCCAUCAUCCUCUUCCUCAUCUUCCUCCAGGUCCUUCUCAACUUCAUCUUUAAGUAACGGUCGAGAAUGACCCAGAAACCUCACUCCAUCCCAUCAGCACUCCAUCCUUCAGUCAGUAUCGCCUCACGCCACAUUCAGUUUCGUUUCGUUUUUUAUGAAUUUGUGUUGCGAUCGCUGCAAAGGGACGGCCAGUAUCGGGUUGAAGUGCAUUGUGGGAUGUUUUAUAAAUGACUGUUUACUGUUUAAACGAGGAAAUCUCAUCAGCGUCUUAACCAUUUAAACCAUUGCUUUAAUUUAUUUUAUUAAAUUUUUUCCCUUGAUUAGCGCCCCCUGCUGUAGCGGAGGACGUCAGUUGAUUUACAAGCUAAAUAUGAUAAAAUCUAGGUUUUUUAUAUAUAUAUAUUUUGUUUAACAAAAGUCGUAUUCUACACAUUCGGUUUCUAUUCGUUUAGUAUUUUAUUAAUUUGUGUUGCGAUUGCUGCGAAAGGACGGACCAUAUUGGGCUGAAGUGCAUUGUGGGAUGUUUUAGAAAUGACUGUUUACUUUAUUCUUCAAAACGAGGAAAUCUCAUCAGCCUCUUAACCAUUUGAACCAUUGUUUUAAUUUAUUGUAAUAAUAUUUUUACCCUCCAUCAGCGCCCUCUGCUGUAGUGGAGGACGUCAGUCGAUAAAUAAACUAAAUGGGUGAAUAUUAUAAAUUCUAGGUAAUUUUUCCCCCCAAAAAACCCUAUUCUACAUAUGUUGCAUUGUGAUAUUAUUUUUUCAUGACAAAUGAGCACAUUUCACCCCAGAUUCUCAUGACUAAAGUGCAAAAAAAAAUCAUUCUCAUUACUCUUAUCCAAAAAAAAAAAAAAAAGAUAAUUUAUUAUUUUUUGUAUGUAAUAGUAUUCAUUGUACUGCCUGAUUUAAAUACAAUUUCAC